AAGUAAAAUCCUGAAGUGAUAUCGAACAACCCGGUGCUUAAGCUCGAGGAGACGGAGAAGAGAAAUAGCACUGAACAGACUUUCUUCAAAGCCAUGGCUUCCACGACAACAACCAAUCCUUUGCUCUCCUCAAACUUCUUAGGAACUAAAAUCUUGCUCUCUCCAAUUCCCAAGACCACCAAAUCAAAACCAAGCCCUUUGCCUCUCUUCUCCAAAAGGAAGUCUGGAAUCACUCAAAGCAUUCUCGACAAAAGACCCAUUUCAGAGCCGCCCUUGAAAUCUCUACCAUCACAGGCUACCUUAGCUGCCCUUAUCUUCUCUACUCUCACCCCACAAGCCACCCUAGCGCUAGACAACCCCACCGCCUCAACCCCAGCAGUAAUCGAAGCCGAACCCGCCAGUCCUAGCCCCUCAAAUCCUUCACCUUUCUCACAAAACCUCCUCCUCACGGCCCAAAGCCCCAAGCAGACCAACUCUGACCUCCCAGAAGGUGGCCAAUGGCGAUACAGCGAGUUCCUAAACGCAGUGAAGAAAGGCAAAGUAGAAAGGGUCAGGUUCAGCAAAGACGGCUCUGUUCUUCAGCUCACCGCCAUCGAUGGCCGCAGAGCCUCUGUAAUUGUCCCCAAUGACCCGGACCUUAUCGACAUUUUAGCCAUGAACGGCGUCGAUAUCUCUGUCUCUGAGGGUGAGUCGGGCAAUGGGUUGUUCAAUUUUAUCGGUAAUCUUUUGUUCCCUUUUAUCGCUUUUGCCGGACUGUUCUUCCUCUUCCGCCGAGCCCAAGGGGGCCCCGGCGGGCCCGGGGUGGGCGGCCCAAUGGACUUUGGAAGAUCGAAAUCCAAGUUCCAAGAGGUCCCUGAAACCGGCGUCACAUUCGCCGAUGUAGCUGGAGCUGACCAAGCGAAGCUUGAAUUGCAAGAAGUCGUUGAUUUCUUGAAAAACCCAGAUAAGUACACUGCCCUGGGAGCCAAAAUCCCAAAAGGAUGUUUGCUGGUGGGACCGCCCGGUACCGGUAAGACUCUAUUGGCCAGAGCGGUAGCAGGGGAAGCUGGCGUACCAUUCUUCUCGUGUGCGGCUUCGGAGUUUGUGGAAUUGUUUGUUGGAGUUGGGGCUUCGAGAGUGAGGGACUUGUUCGAAAAGGCAAAGUCUAAAGCGCCGUGCAUUGUGUUCAUAGACGAGAUUGAUGCCGUGGGGAGGCAGAGAGGGGCGGGACUUGGAGGUGGGAAUGAUGAGAGGGAGCAAACUAUCAACCAGCUGUUGACGGAGAUGGAUGGGUUUUCGGGUAAUUCGGGCGUGAUCGUGUUGGCGGCAACAAACCGGCCUGAUGUGCUUGAUUCGGCAUUGUUGAGGCCAGGGAGGUUUGAUAGGCAGGUUACUGUGGACAGGCCUGAUGUCGCCGGUAGAGUUAAGAUCCUUCAGGUACACUCUAGAGGGAAGGCACUAGCAAAGGAUGUGGACUUCGAAAAGAUAGCAAGAAGAACCCCAGGCUUUACUGGGGCUGAUUUGCAGAAUCUGAUGAAUGAAGCAGCCAUUCUUGCAGCCAGGCGUGACCUAAAGGAAAUAAGCAAAGAUGAGAUAUCUGAUGCGCUGGAGAGGAUCAUUGCUGGACCUGAGAAGAAAAAUGCUGUAGUGUCCGAUGAGAAGAAGAAACUCGUCGCAUAUCAUGAGGCCGGGCAUGCUCUAGUUGGUGCAUUAAUGCCCGAGUAUGAUCCUGUUGCCAAGAUAUCCAUCAUUCCUCGUGGCCAAGCUGGUGGCCUUACCUUUUUUGCUCCAAGUGAAGAGAGGCUUGAGUCUGGACUUUACAGUAGAAGCUACUUAGAGAAUCAGAUGGCUGUUGCCCUUGGUGGAAGAAUUGCUGAAGAAGUAAUUUUUGGCGAGGAGAAUGUGACCACAGGAGCAUCAAAUGACUUCAUGCAAGUCUCGCGAGUGGCAAGGCAGAUGGUUGAGAGAUUUGGGUUCAGCAAGAAGAUAGGACAAGUUGCCAUUGGCGGACCUGGUGGAAACCCCUUUCUGGGUCAACAGAUGUCAUCCCAGAAAGAUUAUUCGAUGGCAACUGCUGAUAUAGUAGACGCGGAGGUUAGGGAACUGGUAGAGAAUGCAUAUUCAAGGGCUAAACAGAUCAUCACGACCCACAUUGACAUCCUUCACAAACUUGCUCAACUACUCAUAGAGAAAGAAUCUGUUGAUGGGGAGGAGUUCAUGAGUCUCUUCAUCGAUGGAAAAGCCGAGUUAUAUGUUGCGUGAUUCCACUAAUGCGUCAAAAUCUUCUUGUAUUAUAUAUUUUCCUAGACCCAUAUACACAUUAAGAACCAAUAAUUAUUUCACCAAAUUCAAAAAAUCGUUGAACAUUUAA